GGCUAUUUGAUUUGUACUCUUUCCUUUUCCGUACAAGAGAGAAUAGCUGGUUCAUUGUCAUAGAAAUUGCAGAGAAGCCGCCUGUUAACAUUUCAUUGUUUUUCUCCAAUACGCAUUUCCAAAGUCCCCAGCUUCGUGCUUUUGCUUCAUCUUCUUUGCCUUGGAUUUCCUUUUCCAACUUUCUCGGCUACUUUCUGCCUGGAGACAUCAUCUGCUCGAGAAAAAGCCAAAGCUCAGUUCGGCCCAAGUCAUGGUUUCUUUGCAACAGUCCAUAUAAUAUUUCAUGUGACUUUGGCAAGGACGCAUUUGUUGGUGGUUUUGCUGGAUUUUAUUUGAGGCUUAUUCAAGAUUUACAUUGUUAUUAUCAAUUCAUUUUUCCAAUUGUCCUGCUUUUCUUCUCUGGUGAUGUGCAACUGUCAAACUAUCAUGCCAAGCUAUGAAGCAGAACAACAUAUCAUUGCUGCGACUCAGCAUAUUCUGAAGGCAUUAGGGGCAAGUAAGAAUCUGAGUGAUGAAUUUAAAAGAGUACUUACUGAGCUUGACUCCCAUUUGUCCACAAUGACUAUAAUAACUGAAACCGAGGGAGGGAGAUUUUCUGAGAUAGAGGAACAACUCAAACAUGCUGAGAGAAAGAUUAUUCGUUGGGAGUCAGAUCCAUGUCUGAUAUGGGAUUCUGGCCCCAUGGAAGCCACUGAGUAUUUACAAGCUGUCAACGAGAUUCUAAUAGUGAUAGAAAGUCUGGGUGGUCUGUCCUUGAGCGAGAAUGGGAAGCCAAAGGAGAUUGCUUUACGAGCUCAGAAUGCACUGCAGAGAGCAAUGUCAAGACUUGAGGAAGAGCUGUGCCACAUUCUUUUUCAACAUAAGCAAUAUUUUAAGCCGCAGUAUGUUUUGCUUCAUUCACGUGCAGAAGGUGUGUUUUAUGACGAGUCAUUUGCUUCUGUGGAAGAUGAAAUAGUUGAUGAAACAUCCCAGAGAGAUGGGGAAGACAGAGAAUCUGCUGAAUGUUAUCUAGAUUUGGUUGAUCCAUGUGUAAUUCCCAAUAUAAAGUCCAUUGCAAAUGUUAUGUCUGCUUCUAACUACAUUCAAGAAUUUUGUGAGGCUUUCAUUGAUAUCCAGAGAGAAGCAUUAUAUGAAUACUUGUCCGUUCUUGAAAUGGAGAAACUCAGUAUUGAGGACGUUCUGAAGCUGGAAUGGGAUUGCUUGAGCAGGAAGAUCAAGAAAUGGAUUUGGAUUAUGAAAGUUAUCAUUAGCGUGUAUCUUGCUAGUGAGAAACGACUUUGUGACCAGAUAUUGGGGGAUUUUGGUUCUUUCAAUUCGUUUUGCUUCAUUGAAAUCUCAAAGGAUUCGGUUUUGUGCCUUUUGAAUUUUGGCCAAGCCAUAACAACCGGACCUCAGAAGCCUGAGAAGUUAUUCCGCCUGCUUGACAUGUAUGAGAUUAUGGCAGAUCUUCACCUAGAGAUGGACAGUUUGUUCUCAGAAGAUAAUGGUUCUUUUAUUAGAAUAGAGUACCACAAACUUUUAAGUGGAUUGGGUGCUUCUGCAAGGGAGACCUUUAUGAGAUUUGGGAAUGCCAUUGCAUCUGAUGCAUCUAUACGCCCUUUCCCUGGAGGUGGAAUCCAUCCCCUCGUGAAGUAUGUGAUGAAUUACAUGAGGCUCCUCCCAGAUUAUUGUGAUACUUUCAAUUUGCUUCUUAAGGACCAAGAUAUAGAUGAAUCAAAUGCUGUUGUUGAGAUUGAUAAUGGGCAGGACUUCUCUUCUUCCACUUCUUGCCCAAUGGCGUACCACCUUCGGUCAAUUGCUUCCUCUCUAGAAUCCAAUCUCAUCGAUAAAUCCAAAUUAUACAAGGAUGAUUCUCUGCAGUAUAUUUUCUUGAUGAACAACAUCCAUUACAUGGUCAAAAAGGUCAAAGACUCUGACCUCAGGCUUUUCUUUGGAGAUGAGUGGAUCCGAAAACAUAUUGGGAAGUUUCAACAACAUGCUACAAGCUAUGUGAGAGCCACUUGGAGUUCAGUUGUUUCUAUGCUUAGAGAUGAUGGAAAUACAAAUCUUAAAGAAAGGUACAGGAGAUUCAGUAUUGCUUUCGAGGAGGUAUACAAAAACCAGACACGCUGGUGCAUUCCAGAUCUUCAGCUCCGGGAAGAUCUGCAAAUUUCAACUUCACAGAAAGUAAUCCCUGCUUAUCGAAAUUUUGUUGGGAUUAACAACAGAAAUGUUAGUGACAAGCAUGUUAAGUACACUACAGAUGAUUUGGAGGAACUGCUCUUGGAUCUUUUUGUUGGAUCACCAAGAUCACUGCAUAAUUCACGCAGGAGGUGAAGUCUCAAUAGUCUUGAUUUUUCACCCAUUUUUUUCCUUGUUGCCUUGUUUCACAAAUUGUGUAAUUAUUAUCAAAAUAUAUGUUGAAUUAUCCUUAGCCUGUUGUCAAAAUUAGCCUGUCGUCAAAAUUUCUGAAGUCAAAUUUGAUUGUAGUCUUGUAUCAUGUACAACUUGCAUAUAUUCUUUGUAAUACAUAAAAUUGGGAGGAUGGAUGCAAUUA